AUGCAUAAGGAAACGAAGAUUAACAUUGAAAACAUUCAGGGUAGCAUUUGGCCCCGUCUGCCAAAGUACUACGAAACGUUCCUGUUCUUCAAGAUUAGGGAGACGGAUGCAUUCAAGACACAUCUCAGAAGCUUUGCCGACAAGAUCACCACCGGUGCGAAAUGCAAGGCAUAUUUCGUGGAGACGGACGACCUCCCUCAAGCCACACCGGGCAAGCCGAGGACGGACACUCCUCCAGAGCAGCGCAAACCCUUCGAGGCUGUGAACAUUUCCUUCAGCUACAAGGGUAUUGAAAAGUUAGUUAUGCAACGCCGGAAUGAUAGGCUUGACGAUGAAUUGCACAUCAGGGGCAUGUAUAAGGACAUGGUCUUUGAAGGCCCCGAUGAUCCCCACCUUUUGGCUCCUGAGUACAAACCUCCCGAAGACUAUCGUGGAGAUAAUGAUGACUGGAGAGUCGAUGGGCUGUUUAUUGUCACCGCUCAGACCAAAGACAAGCUGGAAGAGAAGAUAAAGGAGCUUGAAACCGGCUUCAAUGUCGGCACGGCGUCGGCCAGUGUUGCGAUCGCUUUUCGGAAGGAGGGUAACCUCCGAAAUGCUGAUGGGAAAGCCGAGAAAGCCCAGGGUGGCACGGUUAGUCUCCAUGGCAAAGAACACUUUGGAUUCGAGGAUGAAAUAUCUCAGCCUCAGAUCAGGGGCCUCGACCCCGAGCCCGGAAAAGGUGAACAGAGGAGUAUUCCCCCAGGUUUGAUAUUCACUGGUCUUGAUGGUGAGAAAGCGAAUCAACCACGCUGGGCCACAGAAGGCAGUUUUCUUGUUUUCCGUGAAAUCGAGGAAAAGGUCCCGGAGUUCCACAAGUACGUGAGAGAGAGUUCCCGGACAAUACCAUCCUUUGACGAUGGUACGGGUGAGAAGCUUGCAGCUUAUUUGAUGGGAAGAUGGAAGAAUGGCUCCCCGGUUGAGCUCGACCCUGAUGGCACUAAGCCAGAAUAUGUCUUUGCAAACAACUUUGACUUUAAGAAAGGACAUACUCAGCGGAAGAACACAAAGUGUCCCUUCGCAGCUCACAUUCGCAAGAUGCGUCCUAGGGCAGACCUUUAUGUAGGAAACGAUCAUCCGGAUGACAUGGACGCUGAAGAAGUUUCCGCCAACCACAAGGUGACAAACACCAACAUUAUCCUUCGUCGUAGUAUCACGUUUGGACCCGAAGUCGAUGAAGUUGAAGAGGCGCACGAGACGAAAAAGAAGCGCGGCAUCUACUUCCUCUGUUACCAGAGUGACAUUCGCAAUGGAUUCAACCAGCUGAUGGCCCGCUGGGCAAGCAACAGAACCUUUGCUCCCAACACGGGUAUCGAAGGAGGCCCUGGUGUUGAUCCUAUCAUUAGCCAGAGAAAUCGACCAGACCAUCCGGAGGGUUAUGUCAGUAUUUACGAUAAGCCUGACGAUGAACGUCCCUGCAAGCUCCCACUCAAAUUCGUUUCAUGGACUGAUCAGCGAGGCGGUGAAUAUUUCUUCACCCCGUCUAUCGAGGCAUUGAAGACCAAGCUCUCGGAGGAGUAA